UGGGCUCUGCUGACGUGGCAGAGCUCCUUGCGAUUUUUUCACAGAAAGAGGUUCAGCAGGUUUUCUUCUGCGCCUGGGUCUUUACGCGCCCCCUGUUCCAGCGCGUGUGGGCGCGUCACUUUUCCGGCGAUCCCGAUUCCAACGUCGGUGCUCCGGCGUUCCUUGAUCGGUGAAGUCUGAGUCGGUUAGUUAUGGCCAAACGAGCAAAUAGGGGCCGUGGGGGGAAGAAGGUAUCAAAAUUGUUGUUGAAAGAGGCUUCAGCGAAUUUGGAGGUUGCUUCGCGAUCUCUGGAUUGUGAGGUUGAUCUGAGUGAGGAGGAAGAGAUUUGUGAGGAUGUGGAUGCUUCGAAGCUUGAUAUUCAGAGCUUUCCCGUUGAAAGCAGUUCGGGUUUGCGAGUGGAGGCUAUGGAGGUUUCUUCUGGGUAUCUUGAGGAUGAAUCUGUGAGGAAUUCUGGUGCUGUUGAGUCUCUUGUUAAGGUUGCUCAGAAGAGUGAAGCACAGGAUUGGAGGCAACUGUUUCGUAAGGAGAAAUCCAUAGGUACAUUGCAGUAUUUUGCUCCUUCUCAUGAGGGUGGAAAAGUUGUAGUGAAGCCUCCAAAGGAAGCAAUUGAGGAAGGUAUUUCAAAAUGGUCCUCUUCUCUGGUAGGCCAGUUUCUUGAUAAGCCCCUUCCUUAUUAUAUUGUUAAACGUUAGGUUGAGAGUAUUUGGGCUCAAUAUGGGAAGGUUGAAGUUUUUUUGUUAGAGAAUGGAUUAUAUUUGUUUAAAUUUGCUGAUGAGAAGACACGAGAUGAGGUGAUGGAGGCAAGAGUCUGGCAUAUGGCUAAUAAACCUUUGAUCUUGCGCAAAUGGACCCCUGAUGAUCUCUUGAUCUUUUCAGAAGCUAGUUUGAGCUCUAUAAGAGUUAUCAAGGCUGCUCUGCUUGAGUUUGAAAAUUUGUCUGGUUUGAAAGCUAACCCUGCAAAAAGUUCAUUUUAUUGUUCGGGAAUUUCAGAUAGAUUGAAGCAUGUUCUUUUGGAGGAUUUAAGGAUGAAAGAAGGUCAUCUCCCUGUGAGGUACCUUGGAGUUCCUCUCAUUUCUUCUAGACUUUCUUCAGCUGAUUGUGGAGCUUUACUUAGCAGAA